CUUCUACAAACACCGUCCUUAUGAGUUAGUUAAAGAGUCGAUAACACUGGUUGCAGCGUUUACUGUGCGUCAGUCUCACUGUUUGAUAGGUUACCGAGCAACGUAACGUUAACUAACGUUUAACGCUACACUACAUUAACGUAAACAAAACACAGCGAGGAGGCUUUACAGUUAAUAACCAGUGUUACAGUGUCUCCACAAUGUCUCAAGGUCAUAAAUUUCAAGACUUUGAGGAGGUGGGCGAAGAGUUUGUGGCCUACAUCAACAGCACCCAACCUGAGAAACUGAGGCGGGUGAAAGAUGAACAGCAGGCUCUUUUUGAUCGACACACAGAAACAAAAAAGAUUUUGACGCAGAUUUUAAAAGAUGUGGCUCAGAUUGAGGAGAGUGUGGGCCAGAGGCUGCUGGACAUGGAGGACAAGACGAAGCGUGUGGAGCAGGACCUGGAGAACCUGAAGGAACAGCUGAGGCAGUACACAGCCAAGAGCCAGAUCACUGACUCAGAAUUACAAUUUCUGCAGAGAGAGUUGGAGAGUCUGAGAAACACUGAACAUGAGCUUCAGACUCUUCAGAACGAGGUGGAUGAAGACACCACCGAGGUCAUCCCAUCAGCAGUAUAUGUGGCUCAGGUGUACUACCUAAUAACCAAGAUCAAGUGGGAAUAUGACACACAACCCAACGUCCUAAAAGGAGUGCACUAUGGUGCAGACCUCGCCACUCCCAUCAACAUUGACACCUCAAUGCGACCUCGGAGCGACGUAAGCGACCAGCUGUGGGGCUUCGUCAGUACUGAAUGGUAGAUGACAGAAGGACAGCUGUUGUCAGCACUGUUAUUAUUAUUUGUGUUUGUCUGUAAAUGUGUUUGUUUUCUUCUGUGCUCUACGUUUAUAUUGUUUUAAAACAUUAAAUAUCUGAGACCUUU